AUGGAGUUAGAAGAACAAGGUACGAGGCUGUCCCUAGCGCUUGGUAACGCCUCAGUGCUAAACUACGCCGCUUCAGCUUUAACGGCUACUGUGCUCUCCUCUUUGUUUGAGCUCUUCACUAAGGUCGCUGUCUUGGAAGGUGAUGCUGUCAAAGGGAAUGGAGACGAGGUGGUUGAUGCAGAGGAAGGCAAUGGUAACAAUGAAGAUAGUGAUGGUGAUGAUGAUGGGGAAGAAGAGGAAGGUGGUGCGGAUGAUUCAGAAGGAAAGGAGACCAAGAAAGCACCACUAAAUGGUCCUGAUGAGAACGGUGAAGCUGGAGAUGGAGAUGAUGAGGAAGAACCUGAAGGAGAUGAUGGUAAUGAUGAUGACGACGAUGAUGAUGAUAACCAUGAGAAUGACGAUGAUGAGGAGGACGAUGAAGAUGGGGGUGAAGAAGAUGAAGACGAGGAAGCAGAAGCAGAGGAGGGAGAGGAAGAGGAAGAAGAUGAGGAGGAGGAGGCGCUACAGCCACCAAAGAAGAGGAAGAAGUGA